AUGUCGCCUUUUUUCCUCGCGUUUUUUGCGUUUAUUUCGCCGAUUUCGUCACAAAUUGUUAAUUUGGACGUGCGGUCAAGUGUCGAGUUACACAAUCAGUUAGUGCACGAACUCAAUGAGGUGGUCUUUGUUAAUAGGGGCCCCCCGACCCAAAGCUACACUUACGCUAUCGAAGGGGGGUCCCACUCUGUCUAUUUCACGGACGAAAGGGGCAAAAGCCUCGAUUUUGAGAGCACGAUCAAAGGUUUGAGGAUCAAGCUUGACGAGACGGUUCUAACCGGUGAAAAAUUCAAACUUUUUGCGAAAAUUAUCCACGCCAAUGCGAUACUCCCAAUGACACGAACGCGCAAAUUUGACCAAGACCAAGUGGUGAAAUACGAUGCCAACGUUCGGUUUUUCUCACUUUACGGGACCGAAAAUUUCACAAGGAGAUACAAUUUGUUGAAUAAUUCACUGUUAGAAUACACAGUUGAACCGAAUUUGGUGGCAAACGACCACCUCGUGUACAGUUUUACCAGUCUGGGUCCCCGUGAAAGGGCCCCCUUGGUGCUAGUGUUCGUCAAUAACGACCCCUUUUUAAUUGUGCGCUCCCUGGAGAGGACCAUUGAUGUGAACCAUUUCGGAAAAAUCACAAUUGAGGAUCGAGUCACGCUUGAAAAUAAUGGUGCGGCGCUCACGGGGCCCUAUCAUUUUGUGCCCCAAAUUCGGGGCAAAGCCUCGACGGGUUGGCUCUACACGCACUUGCCGGCGUCAGCCGAAAACGUGGAAUUUUUCGACGAUUUGGGCAACUGUUCCGAGACACGUGUCUAUAAUUACGGGACUUAUAAAACGCUGAAGUUCAAGACAAGGUACCCCCUUCUCGGAGGCUGGAAAACGACGUAUAAUCUGCGGUAUGACGUUCCCACGUAUGAGUAUUUGUUCGUUUUGGGGGAUUUUUUCAAGUUGCAAAUGCGGGCUGUUGAUUAUGUUAUUAAUGAUAAGGUGGUCGAGAAUGCAGUUGUUAGGGUUUUUUUGCCAGAGGGUUCGAGGGUUGAUAAUGUGGCAUUGCCGCCUCAGAUUGGUUUAAUGGGUGAGGAGUUGGGGUGUUUGGGUUCGUUGUGUGUUUAUGGACGGCCGAUUGUUGUUCUUAAUGGAACGGAUUUGUUCGAUAAUUAUGUUCAAAAUCUCGAAAUUGAGUAUUUUUUGAGGCCUUUGUUCCUGUUAAAGGCGCCGAUUUUGAUCACUGCCUACUUGGAGGUUGGGUUUGUUGCCGUUUUGGGCGCACUUCGCUAUUUCACACACUUGUAAUUAAUUUAAUAAAAGUUUUUUGGAUAAAAUUAAA